UCUAUUUUAUUUUUAUUUUUUAUACCAUAUUGUCAUGCUCCUUUAUUUUUCUCUUUCCAUUCCUCACUGUCUUCUUCCUCUCACCGAGCCUCUGCGCCGAUCUCCCUCCACCGCCAAUCAUCGCCGUAGCUUCUCCUCAUCGCCCCGUAGCUUAUCCUCGCAGGUUCUUUCUGCGCGUUAUAGUGAUGAGGGAUUUUUCAACAUUAGAUGCAAAGAAUGCAGGGAUGCGUCUUUAUGGUGGUUCACAAUAUCAUUCGGGCAAUGGCUGAAUUUUGUUUUGUAUUUGGAGGAAUCAAGUGUCCUCCAAUAUCUCGGGAAGAAAUUGUAAAUGGUUGCGGAGUUGAAGACAUUUAUGACGGGACAAACUACUCUAGGACUGCUUGUGUAAUUGUUGUUGCAAAGGCUCAUGACACAUUUGAAGCUUUUCUUCAUCAGUUGGGGUCUAGAUUGUUGCAUAUACUUAAGAGAUUGCUCCCAAUUUCUUUUUAUAUUCUUCAGAUGUAUGGAGGACUUGGUGAGCACCACACACAAUAUGUCUCAUGGUCUAUACACAAUAAGAGUCGGGCUGGAUUACACCAGUUCUUAGAUUCAUUUGGUGGAACAGAACAUUCCAAUGUUUGUAAUGAUCCUACUGCAAUUGUUCUAUCUCAAACAAAUCUGCAAGAAAAAGAAGACACAAAGCCACAGCAAGUUGUAGAAGCUUGUUCAAUUGUUUCCUAUUGACGCCCAUUGUGGACAAGUUGCAUGCGCGCGCCUUCGAGAAGACCUAGAAUCUGCUUUCGAAGAUGACUUUGAAAAUGUUUUCGACAUAACCAAUCUGCAGCUUUCAUUGGGGCAACAGAAGAGAGAUGUAGAAAUUGAAAUGAAAAAGGGUAUCAUAAUUUAUGAAUCUUAUUUAGGUGGUUAGGACUGUUUCUAAUUAUUUAUUGCAUAUUGUAUUUGUAUCAUAUUGUGUGUGGGAUCGAUGUAAUGAUGCUCACCUAUUUCAAUUUAAAGCUAAAUUGUAAUUUUAAACUUUGGUGACAAUGAAUGCAAUGCAUUAGAGGAAACUCUAAGUUUAGUAUAAU